ACGAAAUAAACAAAUUGGGGUCCUUUCUUGCUAGCUGUCGAAACGGUGUUACGAGUCACAUUGUUUUACUCAACUGUGGUAAAUUGUCAAAAAUAACACCAGUAUAUAUCGAUAAGAGUGCUUGAGGAAUGUUUAUAAAAGUGAAGUUUUAUCCAGUUUGGUCAUUUAAGCCCUAAUUGGCCCAGUAGUUUUGGUUUUGAACGUCGAAAGGGUGUGUUAUUUCUGUCGCCAUCAAAACAGCAGUAACGUUAGCUUUAGCGAAGCAGUCAAGCUAACAUUAGUCUUCAGACCCGAAUAAUUCUGAUAUCCCUCCACAUAGACCAAGAGGGAGGCGUUGAUGAGCAACAAUGUCUGGCAUCGCUCUUAGCAGACUGUCCCAGGAGCGCAAAGCCUGGAGAAAAGACCACCCAUUUGGUUUUGUUGCUGUUCCCACUAAGAAUCCUGAUGGAACAAUGAAUCUGAUGAACUGGGAGUGUGCCAUUCCAGGGAAGAAAGGAACCUUGUGGGAGGGAGGACUCUACAAACUCAGAAUGCUGUUCAAAGAUGACUACCCCUCCUCACCACCCAAAUGCAAGUUUGAGCCACCAAUAUUCCACCCAAAUGUCUACCCAUCUGGCACCGUAUGUCUGUCGAUCCUGGAGGAGGACAAAGACUGGAGGCCUGCCAUCACCAUCAAACAGAUCCUGUUGGGCAUCCAGGAGCUCCUGAACGAGCCUAACAUUCAAGACCCAGCACAAGCAGAGGCUUACACAAUUUACUGUCAGAACAGGAUGGACUAUGAGAAGCGGGUAAGGGCACAGGCCAAGAAGUUUGCCCCCACAUAGAGAGGAGAGCUGGCCUCUAUCCCGCCUGAGCAGCCUGAACUGAUGGAGGUUAGAAGCAGAAGGCAGGCAGCACCUGAAGGACCACUCCAAUAAGAAUCCAGUAAUGAGUAUUAUUAUACUACUACACAGGUGAAAUGAGAGCCUGUUUUUCUUUUCUUUCUUUUUCUAAACAACAAAAAUUCAAUAAGAUCAUAAUUUUGCCUGUCUUCAAGACAUGUGUGCAUUUUUAUGCAUAGCUGAUGAUCCUAGAACUCUGCUGUCAACACAACCUUUGCUAUUUAUAACUCUUGUAUAAUCCACUGUUUUGUCAUGAGUGCUGCUAAGCUCACUCAUGCCUCCAUUAAUACUGUAAGUCAUGCUAAUGUGCCGACAGAGCUGUAGAAAAUAAGACCUCAUGUCCAAACCACUCUCUUUGUAAUGUUCAGUCGCUUGUGGCAGAGGAGGAGAUUUUGCUUUUUCUUAACCCUCCAUUUUUUUUAAUCAAACCCCACAAGUAUUGUAGAUAGUGUUUCCUGUAUGUGGGCGUGACCAGGGACAAAGCAGUCAGACAUACAAUGGAAUUUAAUCCUCGCGUUGUGCUCCUGAUCCCACGUUUUGUUCCUGUUACAUAUCCGUCACAGCUGAGUUUCCAGAAAAGCGUCAAAAUAAUACAGUCCACUUGUCAAAUUCGGGUAAAAGACAAUCUUGGCACUUGUGUAUUGGUCGUAAGCUAAACCCUGGCAUUUAAGUAGGAAGGAAGGGAAGGGGAGAGUUACAGUUAGAAAAUCAGGCAAAAGGGUUGGGGCUUUGCUCCCCACCAAUGAGCUUAAAUCAUCCUUUAUUGCAGUGGAAAUAAUAUAACCUAAGUGUUAAGAUUCUUUUUGUGAAUCCAACUGGGAGUGACAAUAUUUGUUAGUGGCAGUGAUGAGUUUGAUGCACAUUCAACACCAGCAUGUAAUCUGUUUCUCAAAAUGUUAUAGUAUGAGUUAAAAGAGAAGUUUCGUAGUGAAAGUGACAAAAGCUGUCGCUGUUUGUACGUUUUGGCUCUCGAACGGUUCAAAGUAGCAUAUCAUCACUCUGAGACAUCUUGUCCAACAGUGCUUACAGAAUGAAUACAGACAUGUGUAAAUCAAAUAGCUGUAAAAUCUGGCAAACAAAAGCUGAAGGAUCCUCAUUGGAAUGGCCUCUCUACCAGCAAAGUGCUUUUGAGAGUGAGCGAAGGCCUGAGAUUUUUUUUGCCUCUGAAUAUAUGAGUGCAUGUACAUAAUAUAAAUAAUGAAAUAUUGUGGAAGUUAUGUUUUAUAUUGUUUUAGCCAGUUGACAUUUGUGUGUGGUAUUAAAACAAAGAACACAAUAAAUGGCAUAAACUUGUGAAAUAAAGUUGAAAAAAAGAACAAAAUAAUUUUCUGUGCAUCUCUUUUUAACGUAACUCUAAUUUUAAUGGGAAAUGUCCAGUGUUGACGUUACAGGUUGGUGGAGGUGAGGAUACGUCCUUGAGACCUCACCCAGGAUGAAAUAAAGUUUUGAGUUUGGGAGGGUUGUGGGAAAGCUGUGAAAUAACUGUUAGCAUUUUAAAUGCUGUUAUGAAUGUUAAAAAACUUUCCUGAUCCUCCCGAUCGCACACCUUUUUGGAGCAGGGUUCUGCUCUAGCAGUCAGCCACACAAAAUAAAAAUAUGUCAGACAAAUAAACAAGCUAAAGUUUAUCACCAAGUGGUGAAUUGGUCUGUUUUGUCUCUGUCAUAAAUGGCACGGUUUCUCUUUCUCCCUCUUUCUGAGUUAAAUGCUGUAUGGCCUAUCAGUUUCAUUUUUAGUUUUUGAAUGUGUGCUGUGUAACUGUGAGCCGACUGCUUGGUGCUGAGCAGCUCGGGCACAGUGGGAUUGUAAAGCUUUUUGUCUGAAAACAUUUCCACAAAGAGCUGAAACUCGCUGCAAAACUGAGGGGAGCUGCAGAUUCAAGUGAACAUUCUGUCAUCAGUUUGAGCGACUGCUUUCAUGUGUUACUUUUACUUCGUUCAGAUUUUUACUUAAUGUGCGACCGGCUCUAAAGUGUGUACUGACUUGUGUGCUUUUGCAAACCCUCUGCAGUUUGGUUUUCACUUUCACAGGAUAUCAAAAGUAGUCAUUUUCACAGGUGACCUUAAAGUGUGCUUCUGAAGAGAUUGAGAUUUCAGCCUGAAUGUUAUCUGGCAAAUCAUUCCUUUUCAAUGUUUCCUGCUGUUGUCAUUAAAGUAAUUGUGCAUG